UAUUGCCGCAUCGUUCGUAUUAACAGCAGUAGUCAAGGCGACAUCACCGUGUACAUCUUUGAAUGCUUCUGGUUUUCAGUUUUCUGCUGAGAACACAGAUGCGGUGCGAAGUCAGGGUGACUCUCUUACGUUUAUUUUGUCUCACUGAGUUAUUUAUUUUGAUGAAAAAUAUUCUCUCCGUGUGGCUGUGUUACUGUAAGCUGCAGCAUUUCAAGAGGACUGCGAGAAGCCUCGUUAUUCUAAUGCUAAUUAUGUUUAGCACAAACAAUGAGACGUAAUCUGGCAUUUCAGAAGGCAUGGGAAGAUGAAGAAGGAAACACUAUUCAAUUCAGAGAAAUGAUGGAGAAACAAAUUCUUCAAAAAUAGACAAAUAUGGGAUAUAGCAGAAGGUCACCUUUUGUUGAUGAACAUUGAAGCAUCUAAUCAGUAUUGAUUCAUCUUUCUGAUAAACAAUAGAACUACCCUGUGCUGGUGAUGGAACAUUGAUUGACUGCAUUGGACUAAGGGGACACCAGUGCUGUUGAAAAUUGUGAGAACACUCGAUUGUGUGUUCUCAGAAGAAUCAAGUUUACUCUGCAAAGUGAAAAGUUUUGAACAUUUGAACAUUAUUUUUAUAUUAAUCCACUGCUGCAGGACAACAUGCCUUAUAUUCUUUGAGUAAAAGAGACGAAAAAUUUUGGCUCAGAGUUUUCACCAUGCCUCGCAAUCAAGCUUUUUCUGAACCAGAGUACUCUAUGGAGUAUUCGGCAGACUGCUCGGUGACAUUGCCCUCUGAUCCGGGGCAGGCUGUUGGGCGAACACACGAGGUUACAGUUCGAAAUUCUGGAUCCUGCCUUUGCCUGCCACGGUUUAUGCGCUUGACAUUUGCACCGGAGUCGUUGGAGAAUCUCUACCAGACCUACUUCAGAAGGCAGAGACAUGAAACACUUUUGGUGCUGGUUGUGUUUGCUGCUCUUUUUGAUAGUUACAUCCUCAUCAUGUGUGCAGUGGUUUAUACCUCUGAAAAACUUGCAUCCGUUUCUGUGGCAACUGUGGGAUUGGCGGGAGAUAUUCUUCUCUACCUGCUGUGCCGCUUUGGGUUGUUACCAGACCGGAUCUCAAGGCGUUUUGUGCCCUAUUCCCUCUGGAUCCUUAUCGCAUUACAGAUAUUUUGCCACUUGGGUCUAAACUAUGCUCGUUUCCACCACGCUAGUGACACAGUGGGUUGGCAGGCCUUCUUCAGCUUUUCUUUUUUCCUUACUCUGCCUUUGAGAUUAACACCCAUUGUGCUCAUCACUACUGUAUCCUGUGGGGUUCACACCCUGGUUCUUGGAGUCACCAUUGCUCAACAGCAGCAGGAGAACAUCCAGGGCUCAGCGCUCGCCAGACAGCUACUGGCCAACAUUGUGAUCUAUAUUUGUGCCAUCACCGUGGGUGUCACAUCGUACUACAUGGCUGACCGGAAGCAUCGAAAGGCUUUUCUGGAAGCAAGACAGUCACUGGAGGUUAAGCUUAACCUAGAAGAGCAAAGCCAGCAACAGGAACGUCUCCUGCUCUCCAUUCUUCCCAAGCAUAUAGCUGAUGAGAUGCUUCAGGAUAUGAAGAAGGAGCCUAGUCAAAAAGAGAUGCAACAGUUCAACACCAUGUACAUGUACAGGCAUGAAAAUGUCAGUAUUUUGUUUGCAGACAUUGUGGGUUUCACCCAGCUGUCGUCAUCUUGCAGUGCCCAGGAGCUGGUGAAGCUGCUCAAUGAGCUCUUUGCUCGCUUUGACAAGCUGGCUGCUAAAUAUCAUCAAUUGAGGAUCAAGAUCCUGGGAGACUGCUAUUACUGUAUCUGUGGACUUCCAGAAUACAGGGGAGACCAUGCUGCUUGUUCCAUCAGGAUGGGCCUGGCUAUGGUGGAUGCUAUCUCGUAUGUCCGUGAAAAAACCCAAACCAAUGUUGAUAUGAGGGUUGGAGUGCACAGCGGAACAGUACUUGGAGGAGUGCUGGGACAGAAACGCUGGCAGUAUGAUGUUUGGUCUACAGAUGUCACAGUAGCCAACAAAAUGGAAGCAGGAGGCAUUCCAGGACGUGUUCACAUCUCACAAAGUACCAUGGAGUGUCUUCAUGGAGAAUUUGAUGUGGAGCCAGGAAAUGGAGGCGAUCGCUGUGACUACCUGAGGGAGAGAGGUAUCGAGACCUACCUGGUGACGGUUCCUAAAGAUCCCCUGGGAAGAGACGGAAUCAGUCCUGUGAAGCUGUCAGUAACCUCUUCUAAUGGAAAUUCCCCACUAUUAAUCAACACAACAGAGUGUAACGGCAGCGUGGAGGCAGCCUGCAACACACCUGAAGAACCAGAAGAGUUGGACACGAGGGUAGUGAACCCAUCUUUUCCAAAUCCACGGAGGAGGCUCCGACUACGGGACCUGGCUGAACGGGUGAUUGAUGCCCAAGAGAAUGAGCAAGAGCUCAACAAGUUGCUUAAUGAGGCUCUGUUGGAGAGAGAAACAGUUCAAGCGCUGAAGGGAAAACACACCAACAAGCUUUCUUUGAGGUUUGUGGAUCCAGACUUAGAGGUUCGUUAUUCUAUUGAGAAGGAGAAGCAGAGUGGUGCUGCCUUCUGUUGCUCCUGUGUUGUUCUUCUCUUUACUACAGUAAUGGAGGCACUUAUAGAUCCCAGGCUCAUUAUAAACUACAUCACCUUUGUAGUGGGAGAGAUUUUGCUGUUCAUCCUGACAAUCUGCUCUCUUGCGGCCAUCUUUCCAGGAAUCUUUCCCAAAAAGUUGGUGUCUUUCUCAAUCUGGAUUGACCACACCCGUUGGGCUCGAAAUACGUGGGCCAUUGCAGCUAUUUUCAUCUUAAUCAUGGCAGAUCUUUUAGAUAUGCUCAGUUGUACACCUGGAGUCCCAGAUUCAGGUAGCACCACAGCGGCUCCGUUUUCUUCCUCAUCUUCACAGUCCAGCUUUGGAGAAUGCCUGAAUAAUCCUAAAUAUUACAGCUUUAUAGCAGUGCUUGCACUAAUAGCCACUACCAUGCUAGUUCAGGUCAGCCACAUGGUCAAGCUUACGCUGAUGCUACUUAUAACAGCAACAACUGGCAUCGUUAACAUCUACAGUUGGAAAGACAUCUUUGACCACUACGACAUGGUUCGCUUCCAAGAAUACAGCUCAGAGAUGGCUCCCUCCAAGUUCACCAUGACAGUUAUGAUCUUCAUUAUGAUGGUCAGCUUCUAUUACUUCUCCAGACAUGUGGAGAAGCUUGCUCGCACGCUUUUCUUAUGGAAGAUAGAAGUCCAUGAGCAGAAGGAGAAAGUAUAUGAAAUGAGGCGCUGGAAUGAAGCUCUUGUAACAAACAUGUUACCUGAACAUGUGGCUCGACACUUCCUGGGCUCCAAGAAAAGGGAUGAGGAGUUGUACAGCCAGUCAUACGAUGAGAUUGGUGUCAUGUUUGCCUCAAUUCCCAACUUCUCUGACUUUUACACAGAGGAGAGCAUCAAUAAUGGUGGCAUUGAAUGUCUACGGUUCCUCAACGAGAUCAUCUCAGACUUUGAUAGUCUACUGGAUGAGCCCAAAUUUCGCUACAUCACAAAGAUCAAGACCAUUGGGAGCACAUACAUGGCAGCAUCAGGUGUCACCUCUGAUGUCAAUGAUGGUUACAAGUACAUGAAGAAGGAAGAGCAGUCAGACAGAGAGCGGUGGCAGCACCUGGCAGACUUGGCAGACUUUGCUCUGGCCAUGAAGGUGACACUAAUGAACAUCAACUACCAGUCAUUCAACAACUUCAUGCUACGCAUUGGCCUGAACAAAGGAGGAGUGCUAGCUGGAGUGAUUGGUGCCCGGAAACCCCACUAUGACAUCUGGGGAAACACUGUGAAUGUGGCCAGUCGCAUGGAGUCCACAGGAGUGAUGGGAAACAUCCAGGUAGUGGAGGACUGCUACAAUAUUUUGAAGGAGUAUGGCUUCCGCUUUGUGAGAAGAGGACCCAUUUUCGUAAAGGGAAAAGGAGAACUGCUCACUUAUUUUCUUAAAGGAAGAGACAAACAGGGCUCAUUUAUUAAUGGUUCAUCUGUCACUUUACCUCAUCAAGUAGUAGAUAGUUAAAGUUGUCAGAUCUUUAGUCAAACACUUCCUUUUUCCAUCAAUCACUUCUGCACUGUUUUUGAACAGGCAAAGGAGAAACUAUUUGACAGCCAAAAUGUAUUUUAAAGGUUUAAAAGUACGAUUAUGUAUCACAAUUUCAGAAAUGUGUAUCAGUCUGCAACACUUUUGAAAGAUGAAAAGAUAGAUGAGCAGAUACAGUGAGUGGAAAAGUAUUUAGUCAGCCACCAAUUGUGCAAGUUUUCCCAAUUUAAAGAUGAGAGAGGCCAGUAAUUGACAUCACAGGUAGAUCUCACCAAUGUGAGACAAAAUGAGAAAACAUCUAGAAAAUCACAUUCUCUGAUUUUUUUUGAAGAAUUUAUUUGCAAAUUAUGGUGGAAAAUAAGUAUUUGGUCAAAAAACAAACAAGCAAGAUUUCUGCCCUGUAACUUCUGUAAGAAGAAUGAAUGGGUGGGAGGGGGCGGGGGCAUGUUUCAUGAGAUUUUCAGUGCAAACCUAAUUCCAUCAGCAAGAUGGAAGUGGAUGUUUCUUUCAGCAUGACAGUGAUUCCAAGCACACUUCCAGGAGUGGCUCACAAUAAGCAUUUCAAGGUCCUGAAAUGCUUCCCGCCAGUUUCCAGACCUCAAGCCCAUAGAAAACCUUUGGAGGGAGGUGAAAGUUCAUGUUGCCCAGCGACAGCCCCAGAACAUCCCGGCUCCAGAGGAGAUCUGCAUGGAGGAAUGUUCCAACAUACCAGCAACAGUGUCUGCCAACUUUGUGAAGACUUACAGAAAAUGUUUGACUUCUUUCAUUGCCAACAAAAAAUAUACAAUAAAGUAUUGAGAUGAACUUUUGUUAUUGACAAAAUUCUUAUUUUCCAUCAUAAUUUUCUAAAAAAUUCUUUACAAAGUCAAACAAUGUGAUUUUCUAGAAGUGUUCUCUGUAUAAUGGAGGUCUGUCUGUCUAUAUGAUGUCAAUUACAGGCCUCUCAUCUUGUUAGGUGGGAGAACUUGCACAAUUGGUGCCUGACUAAAUACUUUUUUCCUCACUGUAGUGUGAUAUAUUGAAUUAUUAUGCUACUUUUAAAUCAAAAUAAAUAAUUCAUAACAGUAUUACUUAGAAAUGCCAUUUAGUAGUGCCAUGCGUAGCAUAUUUAGACAGAUUGUUUAAAACGACACAUUUGUUACUCUUGUCGGAGUUUAAAUGGACUAAGCUUUAGAUUUUUUAGGUCAGUUAGGAUUAGAGAAAUAUUAACACAGAUGGAGUCUGUGGUAUUUGCUGUAUGGGUUAUCUAACCCUAACCCCCAUCACAAACUCCCGAUUUGAAUCCCAAAGAAACCACAGAGGACAGUGAUGUCACCUCAGACGCUGUCUGUGGAAAUAUUCCGUUUUUGGAUGUAUCAGAAAUGGGCAACUAGAGAGAGAGAGAGAGAGAGAGAGAGCUAGCUAGCUGGUGGACUGCUUCGUACAAAGUGCAAAAACAACACAUCACAAAUGUGAAAAAAACUGCAGUUGAUUUUAGACUUUCAGAAAAAUAUGAGUCCCUAAAAUACUAUUUUCAUCUUUGGAGUGGAUAAAAAGAAUAAAUACGUUGUUGUACACCAAGACAACAUACUGGACAGAAUCUGUAUAUAAGAGUGAAGUGUACUAGAGAAAGCUUAGAUCCUUUAGUACAGUCUCAUGUCUCCAAGCUCUGCAAUAAAUAUUGUAUUUUCUCAUCAAAUCCACAACAUCUAGUGCACCUUUAACUACAUCUUUAUGGUGUAGGAAUCCAAACCUGUGCUGUGUUUCCUCGAGCUUAACUACUGUAUGAACAUUUAUUACUUCUUUUUCAAUCUUCUAAUUAAAAACAAUUUUUUAACAAGACUGGAUUAGAAUUAACAAAUUCAUUAAAACCUUGCAAGACAAAAAAAAAAAUAAAUUCAAAGUCAAAGGAGUCUGAAACCUGCUGUAGCCAAGAAGAAGAAUUUAUCACAGCAGGCUGGGACUGUUUUUGUAUUUCUUUAUGUUGUUUUAAAAGUCCAUCAAAUAUUGUAUUUACCCCUUCAGAAAACUAGUUUUCUUAAAUAAGAGUUUGUUCCAAAAUAUCUGGAAUUGCAGAAUUUGUUUUUAUGCUCUGAGAAAAUGACAGAGAUCAAGACCUUCUAAUGCCGAAUUUCUAGAUGAAUGAAAAACAAAGUGUGUUUUUUCCAUGUGAUGAAAGUUAACACCUGUUUAUCUGUGUCUUUGUAUUUGGCACUUCUUCACUAUUGGAUUAAAUAUUACAUAUUUGGGUAAUUUCAUUUCCUUCACUCUGAGCUGGAACCUUUCCAAUAAAAAUGUGGAUUAUGUAAAUCCACGUUUAAGACAUUGUAAAUGUUCUGAAAAAAAAAACUACAAACCUUCAAAACAAUCAAAGUUGUUCAGAUUUAAGGUGUAUAUGACAACAUACUGAGUGAGGCACAGUGUAGAAAUGAUUAGGAUUAUUGAACUUCUUAAGGAAUGAAACCAAAAAUGCCUUCCAAAAAUAUUCUUGUAAUGAAAGGGUUAUCUUAACUAGAAGAGAUUAUCGGAGGUGUUGUGUGGUGAAAUGAUCCAAUGUCAUUUAGUAGAGCGUUCAGUUGGAGAGAUGUUCAUGUGACAUUAUUGUAAAGUCACAGCUGACAUGGACAGUCCAUAAUCCCACAGUCCUAACCCGAAUGCUAUGGAGAUUCGGGUCAGGAAUCUCCAUAGGAGAACAUGGCAUGAACUUCAAAAGGCAGUUUCUGCUGGAAAACCUUCCAAUGUGGCUACCACUAGUACCACUUUAGAGCACAAUCAAAUAACUGUGUUACCUUAAAAAUGCUAUCUCAAAAAUGACUUAAAAGAAAUUUGACUUUGUAAUAAAUGCCUUGAAAUUGGGUGUCUGUCACCUUAAAAACUUGCGCUCUUUCUGAAACUCUGGAUUCAGGAAGCUGUCUCAACAGCAUUCCUUUAUUAACUCUUUAAAAUCUGACACUGACUCUUAUGAGCUCAGCAGAUGCACCGUUUCAACAGUUACUUGCUAAUUGCUGCUUAUUAGUGUGAAAGAGCUGAUUGGAGGAGUCAUUGAUUUUACAUAAAACUUUAAUGAAAAACAUCUUCAUUUAAAAAUUGCACUUUGUGUUUACUUAUGUUGUCUGACUAAUAUUUAAAAUGUGUUUGUUCUGAAACACUGAAGUUUGACAAACAUGUAAGAAAUGAGAAAUCAUGAAAGGGGCAAACUCUUUGCCUCCUGCAGAUAAUUGUCUUUCCUCAUGGAAAACAUUGGUAAGGCUCAGUGAAGAGCGGUGACUGCUGCCCUGUAACCCUGUUUUAGUUGCCUAUUGUCGAGAAGGAGGCUGUGUACAAAUGUUGAUUUGAAUUGAACUGCAACCCUUAACAGCUCUUCACCAAUCUGUAGGAAGAUCCUCCUUAUAUCCAGGGUCUGUGUUUCAGUGUAAAGGUUGACCUGCUACUGUUUGAUGAGUCAAUACUUGACUACCAAUGUUUACCUGGGAACACGUCUAGAGCAAACAAAUUGUUCUCUAAAAAGGUAUUUUACUAUGUGUUGUAUGUGGGGUUUAAUUAGCUAUUUUAAGAUUCCUGUUGUUCAGAUAUUCUGAUUUUUCUUCUUUUGAUAUUUGCUAUUGAAACACCUUGGUGUUUCAUUUUGUUUGGUGAUAUUUUAUUCGCCCUUAGCUUUCCCUAUAGGAGUCCUGGUAAUGAACUACUUUUCUGAAGAUUGUUUAUUUUGGGUUUGUUUCAUUCCUUUUCCCAGCGACAGCAAAGUUACAAUAUCUUACUGUUCUAAAUUAAGUCUAUUUUUGCUAGUGGUCAUUUUUAACAAUUUUAUUAUUUAUCCAAUAAACUACUCAUGUUUUGCCA